AUGCCUCGUGAUCACUCAAGAAGUGUUCAAAUCUGUUCAAAGGUGCAUGUGAAAAUGCUAGAAGGAAGUUCAUCAAAAGAAAGAGACUGGCAGGAAUUCAUAAUGAGACAUUACCAGGUCAAAAUUGGAAAUUUCUCCAAUUCACAUAAGAUCGGGAAUUCAACAAGCGCAAUAUUAAUGCCAAUAAAGAACUUUUUUAACGCAGGAAAUAUCAAGGCGGGGGAUAAUCCCCAAGCGAUCAAUGUUACUAAGUAG